AUGCCUCCCUUUGAGAAAUCACAGGAACUGAAACCAUUCAAGCAGAGAAAGUGCCUGGCGACAAGAAAGCACGAGGUUUGCAGCAUUCGCUCCAAAUUCCCCAACAAACUGCCGGUGAUUGUGGAGCGAUACUUUCGGGAGAAGCACCUUCCUCUGCUGGAUAAGACCAAGUUCCUCGUCCCAUUUGAGCUCACCAUGGGUCAAUUUGUUGCCCUGCUGCGGAGUAAGAUUGAUCUGGAUGCCACACAGGCUUUGUACCUCCUGGUCUCAGAUCGGAGUAUGUCAUGUAUGUCAGCCAGCAUGGGGGAGGUCUACUCCCAAUACAGCGACGCCGACGGCUUUCUUUACAUGACCUACGCCUCUCAAGACGUGUUUGGAGGAUUGAGGGGGGUCAUGCCUCCCUGCUGACUCCAGAACAGUCCAAAAGGGGGAGAGAGGAAGCGGGUACAAA